AUGGUUUGAUAAUAAAUAAAUAAAUAAAUAAGAAGAGAUUUUGGAAGUUAUUCAAUAUGUUUUCUGGAACCAUGAUGAUGGUCUCGCUGAGAUCCUUCAGUGGGGUCUCUCCAUAUCCGUCAAAGUAUCCAUUGGUUUACAGAAACAGGCAAACGGCUCCAAGGACUACUAUCUACAUGAGCACUCAAACACAAGCAGUUCCCUCCAGAACCCAGAGGAUAAUGGAAAGCAUUUCAGUUGGUGGUGAGGCUGGGGGUGCAUACUCCUAUAAUGCCUUGAAGAGGUUGGACAAAAUUUGGUCAAGCAUUUGCUCUACUCAAGCCGUUCAGCAAGAACCACAGCAGGUAGUUUCGAGCUUUCCCGGUGUGUUUAGCUAGUCUGUUCUUGC